UGAAGCUCAUGAGGUACCCCCCCCCACACACACGCACACAGACAAACACACGCUGCUUCUCAGGAGGACACGCAUUUCCUCGAGAAGCAGAUCGAACGUGUUUGUCUGAGCUGGACGGGCGCUGGACCCAAGGGAGCGGCUGGGGCGCCAUGGUGUCACAACCUGGGGGGUCAGAUCUGAUGGUGCCAGAGUGACGAUGGUGUUCGGCCAGCAGACUCUCAACGCCGGACCGCUGCUGCACUCGGCAUCCCCCGCGUACCUCAUGUUCCCCAACUCCAGUGAGACGGGGGGCGCUGUCCUCCAGGGCGGCUUCCCCACGCCAGCGCGCUGCGACGGCGACGCCUUGCUCUCGGCCCCGCGACACAAUGGCUCCCUUCCGGCGCACGCGCUCUCAUCGGCGGAGGUGGCUAUCCUCAGCCUGGUCUUCUCCAUCCUCUGGAUGGUGUCCGUGCUGGGCAACGCCCUCGUGUGCCUGGUGAUCCACCGCAGCCGGAGGACUCAGUCCACCACCAACUACUUUGUGGUGUCCAUGGCGUGUGCAGACCUGCUGCUGAGUGCCGGCUGCGCCCCCUUCGUCCUGCUCCAGGUGACGUCCGCUCAGUGGGUGCUCAACAACAUGACGUGCAAGGUGGUGCGCUACAUCCAGCACCUCUCCCCAGGGGUUCAGGUCUACGUGUUGCUCUCCAUCUGUGUGGACAGGUUCUACACCAUUGUGUACCCGCUGAGCUUCAAGGUGUCUAGAGAGAAGGCCAAGAAGAUGAUCUUAGCUUCCUGGGCUUUCAAUGCAGCUUUUGUGUCGCCCUGCUUCUUCUUCUACAGCUCAUCGCAUGAUGCCCUCUGCAACUUCUUCCUGCCCGACACGUGGGAGGGCAUUGCCUACGGAGCUAUGCACCUCCUCGCCGGCUUUCUCGUCCCCAUGGUGCUCAUCCUUCUCUUCUACCACAGGGUGGUAAAGUACAUCUGGAGGAUCGGCACGGAUGGCCGCACGGUCAGAAGGACCAUGAACAUCGUUCCCAGGACAAAAGUGAAGACCAUCAAGAUGUUCCUGAUGCUCAAUUCCGUGUUCCUCCUCACCUGGAUGCCCUUCUACGUGGCCCAGCUGUGGCACCCGAAGGACAGCUUCUCCAGAGAAGGGCUGCUUGUCUUCGUGGCCGUGACCUGGGUCUCAUUCAGUUGCGCCGCAUCCAAACCUACUCUGUACUCCAUCUACAACGCCAACUUCCGCCGAGGCAUGAAGGAGACCUUCUGCAUGUCGUCCAUGAAAUGCUACCGCAGCAAUGCUUACACCAUCACCACCAGCUCUCGGAUGGCCAAGAAGAACUAUGUGGGGGUCCUGGAGAUGCCGGCGCCAGCAAAGACCAUCACUAAAGACUCCAUCUACGAGACGUUUGACCGUGAGGCCAAGGAGAAGAAACUGGCGUGGCCCAUCAACAGCAACCCACCCAACACAUUUGUGUGAACGUGAGGACUGCAAGUACCCGUGACAACGAAAUCUUUACAUGCCUCCAUACUGUCACACUGUAAAUGUCAGUUUGUAACAGACGCUCACAAACACUGCCAGCCUGACAGGAAGCAGAAACUGCAGUGAGGGAAAUAACAACCAGGAACCAUCUUCAGUCUCAUAAAGAACCAUGGAGAGGUGGUGGAGGGGGGAGGGUUCUGGCCAAAUUCCUUAAUUUCUCUGUAAUAUGUUCUUUACCUCCCAUCUAGCUGAUUAUGGUGUCCAUAUUGUCAUCUGUUAUACGGUAUUAUAAAGGCCGUGAAUUCCUACUGCAGCUUUAA